GCUAUUUGGUGGCGCUUCAGAGAAACGUAGAGUUGCAGUUCUGCUUUACUAAUCGAGAAAUAAAUAACGGAGAAAUUUCUGCAGGAAACGCGCAAGUAGAUCACAUUAUUUGUAUGAGACUGGUUUAGUGCAGACGCAACCUUUAUGUAGAUCCUAUUAUCUAAAUAUUACAUAUAUAAAUUAUUUGUAUUAAAUAUAGCUACUUUUGAGGAUCAUCCUCCAAAUCUGCAGAUCUCCGUGGACUUUAAGAAAAACCGCUUUUCUUGGAGAAAGUGUAUAAAACCUACUUGAUGACGAAGAGCACAAGUGAACUGACGGACGCAAGAUGGCGGAAUAUCUAGCGUCCAUUUUUGGUACAGAGAAAGACAAGGUAAAUUGCUCUUUCUACUUUAAAAUUGGAGCAUGUCGGCAUGGGGAUCGGUGCUCUAGACUACACAACAAACCAACUUUCAGCCAGACCAUCUUGAUUCAAAACAUCUAUCGCAACCCACAGAACAAUGCUCAGACAGCCGACGCCUCCCGCUGUGCUGUCAGCGAUGUGGAAAUGCAAGAGCAUUACGAUGAAUUUUUCGAAGAAGUCUUCACGGAAAUGGAGGAGAAGUAUGGCGAGGUGGAGGAGAUGAACGUGUGUGAUAACCUAGGAGAUCACUUGGUCGGAAAUGUUUAUGUGAAGUUCCGCCGUGAGGAAGAUGCGGAGAAGGCAGUGAUGGACCUGAACAACCGCUGGUUCAAUAGCCAGCCCAUCCACGCCGAGCUGUCUCCUGUGACCGACUUCAGAGAAGCCUGUUGCAGGCAGUAUGAAAUGGGGGAGUGCACCAGAGGUGGCUUCUGUAACUUCAUGCACCUAAAGCCCAUUUCUCGGGAGCUGAGGAGGGAACUGUAUGGACGGCGAAGGAAAAGGCACCGCUCUCGUUCAAGGUCUCAUGAUCGGCGCUCACGUGAUCGUGGCCGUCGAGGUUGUGAGAGGAGGAGAUCGAGAGACCGUGAGCGUUCUGGAAGGUUCUGAGUCACCCUGGGAACCCUUUUUCUUUGUUUGUUCCCUCAGCGUCACCCCCUACAUGCCAAAUGACCAACAUUUGUUAGAAUCAUUGGGUUUUUGUUGUAAUCUACUUUUACCCAUUUAUUUUUUCUUUGACAGCCUGGUUUCUCAAUAAAAAUGCAUUAUUAAUUACAUA